AUGCAUCGGAGGAAAUACACAUUAGGACUCAUAGCAGAAGUUGGAUUAACUGCAGCAAAACCCUCAACUACACCAAUUGAUAUCAAUACUAAACUUACAACAAAACAGUAUGAUGAGCACAUCUCAAAGGAUGAAAGAUCAGUUGAAGAUCCUGCUGUAGAUCAGACAGCCUAUCAAAGGUUAAUAGGUAAACUUUUGUACCUAACUGUCACUAGACCAUAUAUAACUUAUGGAGUUCAAACUCUAAGUCAAUUUCUUCAACAACCAAAGAAAUCUCAUAUGGAAGCUGCCUUAAGAAUUGUGAAGCAUGUGAAAAACAAUCCUGGACAAGGUAUACUGUUAUCAAGUCAAUAUAAUACAACCAUCACAACAUACUGUGAUGCAGAUUGGGCAGCUUGUGCUCUGAUGCGGCUGCUCAAACUAUGUGUUCCAUGCAUUCCGAAGUGA